CGUUGUUUCAAUGUUUUUCGGAAAACGACAAAUAUUUUUUACAGAGAAGUAAUAACGGAAAACUGUUAUGGAAACUUUGAAUUAAAAGACUGUUUUAUUAUAAGAAUCAGAAGAAAUUUGCACAACUUGAUAACGUCUUAAUAGUGUGAUUGACUGCCACCGCGACAUACCAGAAAAUGUCUUCCUCUUUGGCUGUGGUAGAGGCACUACUUCAAGAAUUCCACCAACCAGCCACGCCUAAUAUACGUAAACGUGAAAUAGAAACUGAACUAAUCGCCUUCAGGGGACAAUCAAGUGCUUGGCAAAUAAGCUUGCAGGUGGCUGCUUCUAUUGAGACAAAUCAGUAUCUCUGGUUUUUCAGUACAUCAACGCUAGAGCACUGGAUUUCACGUCGUUGGACACAUUUGACUGCAAACGAAAGAACUUUAUUGCGAGAAACAUUAUGGAAUACCUACGCAAAUUUAUCUGUCAUGAGUGUGCAGCGACGACAACGGGACACCUUCGCACAAUUGAUUGCGCUCAUUGGGAAGCGUGAGUUCCCCGACGAUCAUCCCAGCUAUAUAAUACACUGUUUAGAAUUAAUACGUUCGGAUAAAUUCGUACUUGGUGUAACUUUGCUGCGCAUCACAUCGGAAGAAGUCUUAAACAAUCGUGACUGCGUAACAACAGAGCGUCAAAACUAUUUUAAUUCUUGCAUAUCCAUGUGUAUACCCGAAAUACUGGACUUACUGACUAAGUAUUUAAUAAUAACGGUAUACCAUAUCAACGAUAAAGACAUCCAUUCCUUACCCAAUAACUUAGUGGACUAUGCCCUAACCACGUCGCUGCCAAAUGACAAUCAACUCAGUUCCGCUGUAUUGGAGCUUCUAACAUGUGUGCAACAUCUCGUUUCAUGGACACGAACUGAAUUGAUCUCAGAAUAUUUUCUUAUGAGCAUUUUAGACUUGGCACAAUGGCGUGCCACCCAGCCUGACAUCUCUUUGGCGGCACUAUCCGUGCUGAACGAGCUGUUGUAUCUGCAGAAGCCACUGCCCCACGCGUUAACCAUUAUGUCGGGAGUGAAUGGUCUUUUGGAGCAGCAUAACACCACAAAACAUCAAAGUGAAAUGUACGCUGAUAAAUUUAGGGAGCUACUGCGGUUAUAUACCGAUCGGUAUUGGUCGAAAAUGGUUCAACAGAAUGAGUUAUUAGAGUCAUUCCUUAAAUCGCUUUAUUGUUGUACAAUUUCAAAAAAUGGUGCGUUAGAUUUUAUGGAGAAGCUGGAAAUAUGGACUCCAAUUAUAAAGGGGCUUAUGUUGAGCUCAAAACAAAACCGUUACAAUGAUGUACUGUAUCAACUAGUCGUGGAGAUUAUGCGUCGUAUAUUGUUUGAGUUCAACAAAUCUGAGUUGGAGCUUUUAGAUAAUGAGUUGAUUGAAGAAAACACGCAAACCGAGUGGCAGCAAUUCUUGUCGCAGUGCAUUGAAUGUAUAGCUCUGGUAGGCGAAUCUCGACCGAAUGCUGUUUUUGCACAAGUAUCGGCGCAUUGGUCGCGUCCUCAUGUCUACCUACUGUCUCUAGAAAGUGAUCUCGAUAGUGGCAAACUAUAUGAACUAGGCAGAAAACUAAAGUCGCAAAGUUUCAACGAGCAUCUGCGUGAUUUGUCAACUGUGUGCCAGGCGGUGGUGCGUUUAUCACCCCUAUUGGAUAUCAAUUCGCCCGAAGUUGGUGCAGAAGUAACCAGUCAAUUAAAAUUGCUUACCGAAAAUCUAUUGACAUUGCUCAAAUUCUUUACUAGCAACAAAAUAGCAACACUCAAUCUAGACAAAUCGACGUUCCAGACUGAUUUUGAUUACUUAUAUGCUCAAAUACUAAUGGCGAUACGAAGCAUAUUACCGAUGUCGAUUAACCUCAAAUACGAUGAAGUUAUACAAAGUCUCUUUGAUGCACUUGGCGCUAUUUUAUUGCCGAAUAAUGUAACGGUAGCGUCCAUUGUUUCAAUAUCCGCAAGCCAACUGCUGUUGUGCAUUUCGACUGUGAUAAGACCGAAACGUUUACUGGAGACAUUAUUCGUUAUGCAGCUGAUGCAAGCUGGCCUAAAAUUGACGCAUUUACCACGUCAAGCCAUUACCAAUAUUUAUAUCAGCCUUAUAGGCUACUUGGUAUUGCCGUGGAAAAUUAUGGAAGAGCAGCAGCAGGAUUACACAAGCCGCUGCAAUCAUCUCUGUGAAUAUGUGAAAUGCCAAGCACAAAAUUUCCUAGAACUGGAUUCACAAGCAUCCGUUUCGAAAAUUUCCUCAGUGAUGCCCAAUAGUUUGGGUAUUUUUAGUGAAGUCAUUGAAUACUUCAAGGACUCCUGCAACACGACAAAAGACAUGUUAGCUUUGGCAUUCAGGCCCAUCAUUACAAAAGCUUUAAUGCUUUUCAAUGAUUUCGGCAUCAGCAAUAAUGCGAUUUCGAUCUCCACAGCAGAUUUAAGCUUAAGCAUAUUGCGCAGCUUAUUGAACCAAUUCGGUGCGCAAUUCAUCAAAGACAUGAUAACACUCUACAUAACGGUCAGCAGCAGAGAACAGUUGAGUCUCAAUCAGCUGACAGUAUUGGAGAAAAUAUUGCAAAUGUUUCAGUUAGUCGUGCAACAGCCGGGUAACACUUGGACCACUAUGCUGCCUUCCAUACUAAAUUUCACAAUCGAGCAAGUGCUGCCGCUACUACAACAACACGACUCUAAUUUGGUGGACGGCACUGAUUUGAGCAGCACGGUGUACGCGCUUUUUGAUAGCAUUUUGCUACAUAAGUGGCAGUAUUUCUACAAACCGCAUGUGCAGUACAAUGGCUCACUCUUGCACACGAGCAGUGAUAAUUUGCAUCCCGAGCACUUUAUGGCCAUAUUGAAUGCUUACGGACAGGUGCUGGUGUCCGGCAACGAUCCGAACCUCGUACGCAAGGUGUUGCUAUCGAUGCAAACCGUGAACGAGCGUUGGCGUUUAUUUCAGCGUGCACUGUUUCAGGACAGUUUGCUCACCUCAUUUCAGCGUGCGCUCAUCAAUCGGCUGUUGUCGGGUGAGGGUUCGCUGCAUUUCGACCAGUUGGCGAACGUGCUGUACGCCAUGGGUCAAGUCGAUAAUUUGAAGUUGCGUGAGAGUUUCGUGACGGCUGGAUUUCCAGUCAAUCCUAAAUACUUGGAUGUGAUCUGCUUAUCAACUGACAUUCCGACAUUUUCACAAAAGUUAUCCCAACUUAUUCAGGAUGCGCAUAGUGUACAUUUAACGCAGACAUAAAAACACAUACUUUUUAUUAGGUAUUUUUCUCGUGACAUUUUCAUACGACAACACUCAGCGUGUAUAGAACAAAAAUUAUAUUUAUGUAUAAGUAUAUAUAUGUAAUAAAUUUAUGUAUAUGUAUGCAUUUCAUGUAAGACAAGAAAUUCACAGUUUAUAAAUGACUGCUUUAUAACAAUUUGUAUUGUAUUGUAUGUGUAACGUAUUUAAGAGUAUUUAACGAAAUCAAUCAUACAUACAUAAUUAGUGUAUAUUAUUACAAUUACGUUUAACUACUCUCAUUUAUCAUAAUUUGCACAGCUGACAUUAAGGUACAUCGUAUGUUAUAUAUAUUUUUUAUUAACAUUAAUUAAUUUUUUUUUAUUCCUGUUGCCUUCACAUCUAAGUUUAAUUGUGUAUCUCUUUUGUAAAUUAUUCAUAUUUUGUGUUUACACUUUUUGCCUAUUACACUUUAUUACAAAUUUAUUACCAUUUGCCAUUUACCAUUUACCAUGUCAUACAUACAUACAUAUAUUAUGUUAUAAAUUUUUGUGUGCUUCUUAUAUUUUGUUCAAUUUGUUUUUUUUUUUUGUUUCUUUGCAAAGUUCUGCAUACUACAUACCUUACUCGUGGUACUUUCUCAACGCAGUUAAUUUUGUUUUGUAUUUUAGUACAUCCCUACAUUAAGACAAAACACUUGAUUAUGAUAGCUUAUAAAAUUAAUAAAAUUAAAUUUCAAAAGUAAA